AUGAUGUCUUCCCUCCCACCAGGUACGGAUCUUUGCGCCAUUCCAGCAGCUGAACCUCCACCAGGCCAGACAUCCAACUUCGUAAACCCACCGAACUUGGCCACCGAAACCAUCGCGGUGACAACCGUGACGCUCACUUGGGCGACACUAUUUACAGCAGCGAGACUUGCUCAAAUACACCCGCCAUCAGUGGGAUAUCCCCGCCUGCUGGUUUACCGCCAGAUACAUGAAGGCAUGGCAAUCCCUGUUGCUUGCACUUCGAGUGCUUACCAUGCGACUAUCCAGAUACUCUACGCACAAGGCACCCUCCUUGGGCCCGUCAUCUUUUUUGCGAAAUCCUCCAUUUUCCUACUCUGUCGACAGAUCUUCACCAUCCAGAAACAGAUGAAAUACGCCAUCCGGUUCGGUCUGCUCUUCACUUUUCUUCUUUACUGGCCAGGCGUCGGUCUGGAAUCGUACUUCGCCGCACCGCAUGUCGGCGAGACAUGGGAGGAUCUGCUGGUCAACCACCGACCAGUGAAAUUGAUAUACUGGGGGAUCGUGCAGGGAACCCUCUCCGUGAUUCUGGACAUCUACAUCUUCAUCCUGCCACUGCCGCUUCUCGCGAAGCUGCAACUUCCGCGCAAGAAGCGAUGGAAGCUCUUGAUCAUCUUUUCGACCGCCAUGAUGGGAAUCGUCGCCAGCGUCAUCGCACUUGUUUUUCGCAUUCAGCUGCUCACCACCUCCGACACCACCUAUACCCAGAGUGCGCUCUUCAUCUGCGUAAACGUCGAGAACAACGUCGCCAUCAUCGUCAGUUCGAUGCCCUUCUUCGCGGCUUUUUUCAGAAGCCAUGUCCUCGAAUCGGCCCUUCUCAAGACUCUACGCUCAAAACUAAGCUCUAGCGGGGGCCGCUCCGUCAUCGGAACGGUAGACCAUCAUAUGGUCAAGGAUACACCGUCCCCAUCGCAUCUGCUGGGCGAUACCCCGGGUCAGUACCAUGAGCUGAGAGACUUUGCUUAUGCAACGAGCACCAAGAUCCAGGCGGGAGGGGGAGGGGAAGGGGAACCGCCGUCCACGCAGGGAAACGGAAUCUCCCGGGAGGUCAACAUUGAGCAGGAGAUUCGGGAGCAUUCCAUUGUAUGA